AUGGUCUUGUACAAACUUAUACAAGAAUACCGUAGGUCCAGAGAAUCCGGAAGUACUCUCACGUUGCUAAAUCAUGACUGGAAUCCGAUGGACACCUUCAAGGCCAUUCGCGAGUCAGAGAAGAAUCCUCUCCUAUACAUCCAUUAUGCCAUUAUAUUCAUAGUGUUUGCAUUUGUGCUCUACAUUAUUCCGGUUCCGGCUCUCGUCAGACUUGCCAUUCCUGUGUUGCUACUGAUUUUGGUGAUAGUGCCCAUCACGUCCCAGUUCUUCAACUACGGACUCCCUGUUCUCAGCUGGGUGGCCCUUUUUUUCUCUUCAAAGUUCAUCCCGCUGCAACUUCGGCCACCAAUCGCAGUGAAAGUGCUACCGGGCAUGGAAACAAUCCUUUACGGCGAUAAUCUAUCCCAGCUACUUGCAUCCUACAUUUCCACAUUUUUAGACGUGCUGGCUUGGAUUCCUUACGGUAUUCUACAUUUUUCAUUACCGUUUGUGGUUGCUGCAUUGAUCUUCUUGUUCGCACCGCCCAAAACUCUCAGACUGUACUCGUUCACCUUUGGAUACAUGAAUUUGGUCGGAGUCAUAAUCCAGAACCUUUUAUUUGCGUGCGCUCCUCCGUGGUACAAAGUGUUGCAUGGAUUGGAAAAAGCCAAUUAUUCGAUGAAAGGCAGCCCUGGAGGGCUGGCAAGAAUUGACAAAAUUCUGGGGAUAGACAUGUACACCUCAGCAUUCACCAAUUCGCCAUUAAUCUUUGGUGCAUUGCCAUCUCUGCACUCUGCUUGCGCGAGCUUGGACGCUCUUUGGCUAUGCUAUCUGUUCCCCAGAUUCGCACCGUUGUGGUGCGUAUACGUGUGCUGGUUGUGGUUCAGUACAAUGUACUUGACGCACCAUUAUUUCUUCGAUUUAACCUUUGGAUGCUCGCUUGCAAUCGCCGCAUUCUAUUCGACAAAACUUGCCGGAAAGCUCGCGAUCAACAAUAAGUUCUGCCGAUGGUCCUAUGACCAGCUGGAUCUGUUCGACCCAAUAAAAGAGGAUCCGCUGGUCACGGACAGCAGCUUUCUCAUCGAAGACGAUCUUGAUAUGGACGACGACGGACUGUUCGAUGACACCAGCAUCGAAAUGCGGGAUAUAAGCACUGCAUAG